GAAUCGUACAAAAACAAAUCUCCAUCUGGCACCUGAUCAGUUUAGUUUUCUUCUUUCACUGAUCCCGGUUGAUAACAUUUAUUGGAGUAGUUCGUAUAGACAUUUUUGUAUCAAUUUGAAUCUUAUUGUUAACAUGGAGGUGGAUGGUAAUGCCGUUUUGGCGAGAGCGCUCAAAGAACAGGGAAUCGAAUAUGUAUUCGGCAUUGUCGGCAUACCGGUGGUGGAAUUGUCGAUGGCAAUGCAAGCCGAGGGCCUCAAAUACAUUGGGAUGAGAAACGAGCAAUCUGCUUGUUAUGCGGCACAGGCCAUUGGCUACUUGACCGGCAAACCCGGCGUGUGUCUCGUGGUUUCCGGACCAGGUCUUCUGCACGUGACCGCCGGAAUGGCAAAUGCUCAAAUCAACUGUUGGCCGCUGCUCGUCAUUGGAGGUUCUACCUUCCAGGACCACGAAGGAAUCGGUGGCUUCCAAGAGUGCCCUCAGGUGGAACUGAGCAGGCCAUAUUGCAAAUAUGCUGCUAGACCAGCAAGUGUGGCGCUGAUUCCACAGCAUGUGGAGAAAGCUGUCCGCUUUGCUUGCUAUGGCCGACCUGGAGCGGCUUAUUUAGAUUUUCCCGGAAAUGUAUUACUCGCUCGGGUGCCGGAAGCAAGCAUUCCCAAGCAAUAUGCACAUCCAGAACCACCGAUGACAUUCCCCAGCAUUACAUGCGUUAAAAAAGCUGCCCAUUUGCUCACCACAGCCAAGCGACCGUUGAUAAUAAUCGGCAAAGGGGCGGCUUAUGCGAGAGCUGAACUGCAUUUGAGACAACUCGUUCAUCAGACAAAUUUGCCCUUCCUGCCGACACCGAUGGGGAAAGGUGUGGUACCGGACUUGGACUCGCAGUGUGUUGCAUCGGCUCGGACUUUAGCUUUACAGAAGGCUGAUGUGAUUCUGCUUCUGGGAGCUCGUUUGAAUUGGAUGCUUCAUUUUGGACGCGCUCCUCGCUUCAGCCCGGAAGUGAAAAUAAUUCAAGUUGACCUUAAUGCCGAGGAACUGCACAACAGUGUGCGCAGUUCGGUGGCCGUGCAAUCGGACAUUGUUCCGUUCACCGAGCAACUGAUAGAUGAGUUGGCUCAAAUGCACUAUUAUUUCGAUAUGAACAAUGAUUGGUGGAUCGAUUUGAAGGCAAAGUGUGAGAAGAAUAGGAAAGUGGUUCAACAAAUGGCACUGGACACAAAAGUUCCGUUAAAUUAUCACGCUGUGUUCCACCAUCUGCAGGAGCUCAUCCCAAAGGAUGCCAUCAUCGUUAGCGAAGGAGCGAACACGAUGGACAUUGGCAGAAGUUUCUUGCACAACAAAUGGCCCCGACACCGAUUGGAUGCCGGGACCUUCGGGACGAUGGGAGUUGGACCGGGAUUCGCUAUUGCCGCCGCUCUCAUUUGUCGGGAUCGUUUCCCUGGGGAGAAGGUAAUCUGUGUGGAAGGCGAUUCCGCGUUUGGUUUCUCGGGGAUGGAAAUCGAAACAAUGGUACGAUAUCAACUGCCAAUCGUGAUCGUUAUUGUCAACAACGGAGGUAUUUAUUCAGGAUUCGAUCAGGAAACGUACAACGACAUUCGAUCCGGAGGUGAUUUGACGCAGGUCACUCCGGCAUCAGCGUUAACGGUCGAAACACGAUAUGAAGCAAUGAUGAACAUGUUCGGCUCGAAAGGAUACUUUGUUCGCACAAUUCCAGAACUCCAAUCGGCUGUCGAAGAGGCACUUAUACUUACCGAUAAACCGACGAUAAUAAAUACGAUUAUAAGUCCGCAGGCGGAUCGUAAACCCCAGGACUUCCAAUGGUUGACGGAAUCAAAACUAUAAUCGGUACAUGUUGGUGAAAGGAGAAAACAUUAUCACAUACGUAAUAUGGUUUCUGGUUGGGUUAUACAGGAUAAAAUAUUAUAUUGUUGGGACCUUGCAUGAUUUUUUUUUUUUUAUUCUUUAUUUGAGAGGUUUUCAGCCUCCUGGGCUGGUUCGCCUAGGACCUUGCAUGAGUUCUGGCUGGUUUUCCGUGAUAACAUUGUAUAUUCCUCGAUUUUUAUUGACAUUCCAAAAAUUUUUUCUGAAGAUCUAAGUAGUCACAAGACUUCACAAGAAAUUUGUCUGCUACAGCUUGAUAAUAAGUGCUCAAUGAUUUCCGGCAAAAUCUUUUGUGACUCAAAACUCAACACGUUUCACACUAAAAAGUUGUUUACACUUCAGCAAGUCAUUGAAUUUCAAUUUUGUUCAAAAAUCUUUCCUUUGGAUAUGCUACAAUCUUUAACUAUACGAACAGAUAGCAGCGCUGAGUGAAGCUUUCGCCCCCGGGACGGAAGAGUUGAUUUGCACGGCCUGCAACCCCCGCCUCCCACUCCCAGUCGACGCUACUACGAUUAGAGUUCACAUAAUGUUGUCUGUUGGAAAACAGCGAUAAUUUACUCAAGGUCCUAAUAUCGUUUUAUGGGUUACAAUGUGAAUAACAAUAUGAAUGAGCUGUGACAUUAGUCGUUUGGGGAAUGAUAAUACAUCGCUCAAAAAGUUCGUAAAAUAAUUAAUAAAACAAGAACAUUUCGAUGAAAUCCGUUUUUUUAAUUGAUAGUAAGAAUACGUUAAUAGACAGUGAAUAGAAGUACAAUGAAGUCGCUUUUUACGUGGGUUUCGAAAUUUACGCGACGCAUAAUGAUUCAAUAUGCUAAUUGAUGUGACUUUUCACGAAAUAAGUUUGUAUUGUAUCACUGAUUAGUAACUGAGAAAUGAAAAGAGAUACAGAUAUCAUGAUUGUAGCAUGCAAAUAAAAUCAGGUAAUCAAUUGUUAGAAUAUGGGAUGCAUUGUAAACUGAUAAUUCACUGUUUAUUACACGGAUUUUGGAAAUAAGCUGGUUUAUUUUUACGCAGAUUUUGGAAUUCACGCGGUUUUUGUUUAUGUGGCACGUAUCCCCCGCGUAAAAAGCGACCCCAGUGUAAUGUAUUCAUUUCAAAACACCUUAAACAUUGUAAUAUACUCUUUUGAAUA